UGUGUGAGCGGAAGUGUUGUUUUCCGGUGUUGCGUGUUGCCUCGUAGCCGCUGCCACCGUGUACCAAGCUGACAGCAGCCGGGAUGACACCAUGGAGAACACACACACACCGUUACGCACACCGCUGCUCUAUAAAUGCACACACACUCACACACCGACCCAGACACAGGCGGAGAGGCUCGACGAGCGGUUUGAAAGUUUCAGCCUGAAACAUCCGAAACAUCUGAAACAUGGGCGUCAUCGUCUCGCACAUCUUCUCCAGGUUCACCUCCAAGAGACCCGUCAGGAUUUUAAUGGUGGGUCUGGAUGCAGCAGGUAAAACCACUCUGCUGUACAGACUGAAGUUGGCCGAGGUCGUCACCACCAUCCCAACUAUCGGUUUUAAUGUGGAGACUGUGGAAUUUAAGAACAUCAGUUUCACAGUUUGGGAUGUUGGUGGUCAGACUAUCAUCAGACCUCUGUGGAGACAUUACUACACUAACACACAGGGUCUGAUAUUUGUGGUCGACAGCAACGAUCCUGAGAGAAUUAAAGAAGCUGCUGACGAGCUGCACAGGAUGCUGGAGGAGGAGGACCUGAGGGGCGUGGCCUUACUUGUAUUUGCUAACAAACAGGAUUUGCCCAGAGCCAUGUCUGUCAGUGACAUCACAGAGGCCCUGAGCCUAUCAGGAGUCUCACAGCCGUGGUUUGUCCAGGCGUCCUGUGCGGUCAGUGGCACCGGUCUGGUCGAGGGUCUGGACUGGCUCUCCAACCAGAUCCUCAAACAGUAGACGCUGAUCGGGCAGUCUGAUCUGAGCUGGGGAAACAUGAACGUCGCUCUGUUACACACAUCUGAUCCAGGUGACAUUUCACUGCUGCGUUCACAGCACUCGGAAAAUUCCACGUUCCCACUUUGUCUGGAAGAUGCACAUUUACAGCUUGUGCCGCGUUCAUGUCAUUUUGGAAGAAUCAGAAAGAUCAGGUUGAAUUUUAAUACCUCAGACUGCUGUUAACAAACGUCGUAAAAAGUGGCAAACACCUGCGCCUUAGCAUUCCCGCGCUGCUUACUUUGCAGUGGCUCAACAAAGCCUUAAAAUAAUGUGUUUUUAUUGUUUCUGAUAAUCACAGUAAAAGCAGUAUGGCGAGAUCAUAUCUUUGGAGCCGAUGUCUCCAUGUCACCAGGAAGGAAAAGCGUAGAGAAGAGUUGAUUAAUAAAUGAGACGAUCAUCACAAUAAUUCAUUGAUUGUGUUUUAUAAAAUGACACAGCAGCACUGAAAGAGCAAACAAAAAUCAAAUUAUGUUGUUGAACAAGCAUGUGAUGAUCCCCACGCUGGGAAACAAAGUUAACUGCAACUUGUUUUCUUCAGAUUUUCAUCUCUUUGAAAAUUAUUACACCACAGUCGUUAGUGUUCCGUUUACCUGCUAUCUGUUAUUUUAGACUUUACAAGUCAAAUACGACUUUAUGGCCAAAGUCUUGCUGGGUUCGCUGGCAAAUUUAAAAGCGUGAAUUUAUUUUUGUGUGUGUGUGUGUGUUCUAAUUGGUUAAUCAGUUUAGGUAUUUCUGUAAUGUUAUGGCCUGCUCUAUUUUUCUGUUUUGUGUUUAUGGGAACUUGUAUAUUUAUAUAAUAAAUUCAUUUUGUUUAUAUUUAUUUUACAAUUAAAAUGUUCGUUCUGGUGGCCAGUUUGUGUGUACAUUUUAGUUUAAAUGCGACCCGCACAGACUGUUAAAAAUCUCUUCAAAAGAAUUGCAUUGGAAAAAUGAAAUCAACAGCUAAAAUGAAUGGGCAGCCAGAAAAUACAUACAUGCAAACUGGCUACUUGAAAUGGCUUAAAGUAAUGGAUAAUUGUUAAAAAUCAUUUGGCCUAUUCUACCUAAAAUUAUCAAUCAUCAUCUUGUUAUCUAAGUGGAAACUGAUAAAUUGAUAACUAAAACAAGCAGGUGAAACAGGCCUGACUGUAACCAACGAAUUGUAAAACAGUUAAAUGGACGACGACAAAGUGUCACGUAAGAAGCUACAACGAAUCAAACUUGUAAUUUAUAUCGAUUUCAAAACUGUCCAAGUCGCAAUUUUUGUCAUUUUCAAAAAACGUACAAGCGACACGCUACAACAGCACUGCAUUGUGAAGUGAACUUGACUACAUUUAGAACUGAGAUCCCUUCAUGUGUGUAAAUAUUUGUACAAAAUUCUGCUGUAUGAAAUGAAAUCUGAAAUCUGUUAUUUUCUGUAACUUUUGUUUGCUUCUUUGUAUUGCACAACAAUUUCCUGCGGGAUCAAUAAAGUUCUUAUCUUA